AAAAAGUUGUCAUUUCAACAUGUUUUUGAGCACUAAUUCCUAAUUUUUAAUUUUUGUAAGUUAAACAUCCAAAAUAUCGUCGUUUCAGAAUGUCGGAAGGUAAUGCGAUGUCCAUUAGAAUCAUAAAAAUAAUCAAUGAUAUUAUUAAAAACGAUCACGAACUACAAGAAUUUACCAUCAUUCCUACGGAAGAUAACACGAGAAACAAAUCGCCUGUACUCUACGAAGAACACAACUUAGGUCUAGAAUCCUGGUGUAUCAAACACGUCUACGAAUAUGCUUGUUCCGUACUUUUUUCGCAAAGAAAACAGUUGUCUCGAACGCCCCAUUCGGAAUUGGAAAAGUUAAAUCGAAUUUUAAUAGUCGCCAUUCUAAUUAACCCCGAGGUCGGAACGUUUUGGAACAUGAAAAGGGAGCUGGUGGAAAAGGACGUGUUAAAUACCGACGACGAGUUAUAUUUCAGUAAAAUAGUGCUGAGUCACAAGAGCAAAUCGAACGAAGCGUUCGCCUACAGGCGAUGGUUGUUAUCGAGAAUUUUAAAUAAAAUGGCCGCAAAUCACAUGGCAUUUCCGACGCAUUUUUUGCAAGCGGAAUUCCAGGUAGUCCACAUGGCUUCGACCAAGUGCCAAAAUAAUUACCACAGUUGGAAUCACCGCAUAUGGUGUAUGGAAAACAUACUGACCUACAAUCACAACAUCAGCCAAAUCGUCUAUUCCGAGCUGAAUUACAGCCAAGAAUGGAUCAACGAACACGUGUCGGAGCACACCGGCUACCAUUACAGGCAGUAUUUAAUCAAAUUGGUCAAGGAACACAAAAGAAUCGUAUCGAUUUACGAGUCGUUCUACAAUUUCGUCGUAAAAUCUCUACUAAAAACCUCCAACGACGGCGACUGGAGAAACCUAUUGGAUUACCUGCUAGGAAAACCAAACCGAACUAGAUUAUUGGAAGAAACCUGCUCGUACGUAAACUACAUCUCCAUUCUACUCUACGAUUUAUUCAUCCUAAUCGAUCAAAUAAACGAGAUAUACCCGGAACACGAGGCGCUCUACAGCCACAGGAAAUUCCUAAUCCACCAUCUCCUCAAGGCGCCCCACGACUAUCACGGAUCCGAAUUCAAAUCGAAAUUCAACAGCGAAAUUCUCCAACUCGCCGACGGCAGGAACGUGACCGAUUCCGGAGCGCCGGAUCGAAGCACGAAGCCGGAUCCCUCGGAUAACAAACUCAAAAUGUCCGUCAAACAGGACGAUUACGUCCUGUACGAGAUAUUGUCUACGUGCGAGAGGAAUUUCGCGGCGAAGAAUUCCAAUUCGAUGCAGCUGGGUAGAUAUCGGAAAUGGUCGAAGCACGUGAUGGGUUUCGAAUGAUCAUCCAACGAGAUGGUUUCUGUUGAAACGAGGCGAAUGUGUCGCAAAUGUGAUAGAAAUUGAUUCGAAAUAGAAAGACAUUCGCCGGAUAGAACGAAGAAGCUUUCUGAAGCGUCCACGAUGAACAACACUAUUCGUUCGCCCGUCGAGUUAUUUGUUCAAUCUACAAAUCGGACUCCUCUGCACCAUUUCCAAAUCGACCUUGGGCCCCACCAAGUCCCUGAUGUUGUUGAACCCGUACUUGAUCAUAGUGGGCCGUUCCAAAGACAGUCCCCAGGCUAUUACGCAAACGUCCUCGGGCAAGCCCAUUGGUAACAACAUUUCCGGCCGGAAUAUGCCCGAGUUUCCAGUUUCGAUCCAUUUCCCUAACCCUGGAUGGAAACAGAAUAUCUCCAUACUGGGCUCCGUGUACGGAUU